AUGAUUGUGUACAACACAUUUGACACUGCCAUCAAUGUCAAUUGCAUGGCGAUGCAAACACUGCACUCCCAAAACCUCCAACACAGUUUCCACCAAACGGGAUUUACUGAGAGAGGUUAUGAACGUGCGCUCAGGGUAGGCCUUGAUUGUAUUGAUGCAAUAUGCGACAAAACUUACAUAUGGAUUGAGGCGACAAAACAUCGAGCCUACCCGACCUAUUCCACAAGGACUCGCUCUCGAGAGUUCAAGGGCAAGAGACUAAGGUUGUUUGUCGCUCAAAGCCAGGAGUGGGUUGUUGUGACCAGGCUUAGGCUGCAAAACAGGACAUUUGAUGUUGAGGUUGGUUCCGUGGCAAUGGCACACGAUGAUGGUGAUGUGAUGGUGCUGUUACUUUGUUUCCUUGGAUACGCAUCGGAUAAACCGCCCAUUAAUUUCUAUAUUUACAUGACACUGUCACAAUGGUUACUAUAA